GCCAAGGACGGAGAGAGCGGGAAGGAGGGGGAGAAGAAGAACGGCAAGUACGAGAAGCCGCCGUUCAGCUACAACGCGCUCAUCAUGAUGGCCAUCCGGCAGAGCCCCGAGAAGCGCCUCACGCUCAACGGCAUCUACGAGUUCAUCAUGAAGAACUUCCCCUAUUACCGGGAGAACAAGCAGGGCUGGCAGAACUCCAUUCGCCACAAUCUCUCCCUUAACAAGUGCUUCGUCAAGGUGCCCCGCCACUACGACGACCCGGGCAAAGGGAACUACUGGAUGCUGGACCCUUCCAGCGACGACGUCUUCAUCGGGGGCACCACCGGCAAGCUCCGCCGGCGCUCCACCACCUCUCGGGCCAAGCUGGCCUUCAAGCGAGGCGCCCGACUCACCUCCACCGGACUGACAUUCAUGGAUAGGGCAGGAUCCUUGUACUGGCCUAUGUCCCCCUUCCUCUCCCUGCACCACCCCCGGGCCAGCAGCACUUUGAGUUACAAUGGGACCACGUCCGCCUACCCCAGCCACCCCAUGCCCUACAGCUCAGUGUUGACUCAAAACUCCUUGGGAAACAACCACUCCUUUUCCACGUCUAAUGGGUUAAGUGUUGAUAGACUAGUCAAUGGAGAGAUACCUUAUGCCACUCAUCACCUCACAGCAGCAGCUCUGGCCGCCUCAGUGCCGUGUGGCUUGUCAGUUCCCUGCUCCGGCACCUAUUCCCUAAACCCUUGCUCUGUAAAUCUCCUAGCAGGACAGACGAGUUACUUUUUCCCCCAUGUUCCUCACCCUUCAAUGACUUCUCAAAGCAGCACUUCAAUGACGGCCAGGGCAGCCUCCUCCUCCACGUCGCCACAAGCGCCCUCCACUCUCCCCUGUGAGUCCUUAAGACCUUCUUUGCCAAGUUUUACAACGGGACUUUCCGGAGGACUUUCUGAUUAUUUCACACAUCAAAAUCAGGGGUCUUCUUCAAACCCUUUAAUACAUUAACAUCCAUGGGAUCAGACUGUAAGUGAACAUUUUACACACAUUUGCAUUGUAAAUGAUAAUUAAAAGGA